AUGUCCAAGUUAGUUGUCGCAUUUACUGUCAUUUUUAUUGCCAGAUUUAAUAUUUGUGCUGCAAGUUUCUUUGAUAUUCACUAUCCAGAUGUAUUUUUUACGGCUGAGCAAGGUGGAAACCUUUCUAUUAAGGCUGGUCCAAAUGGGGGAGACAUUAUAAUGAUUCCACAAGGCAAUGGAACAGUUUUCAUCGGACAAACAGAUAUGCUUAAACUCUUUGAGCUUGUCAAUAGCCUUCCGCCUGUUUGGAGUGAAAAAUCACCGCAUGGAACUCUGGGAACUUUCCUGGGAGGGAAAACGGUGUCUCUCAGCGUUUCAGCUCAGGAUCCUGAAAAAGGAGCCGUUACAUAUGAAAAAGUAUCCGGCGCACUGCCACCUGGCGUUCAUUUGAACAAACUUACUGGCGCAAUAACUGGACGCAUCCCUGACGUCGAUGCAACGUAUGAAUUUGGAAUCCGAGUUACAGAUAAACAUGGAAAAUAUGCUGACCAGAUAUUUUCAAUUGAUACCAGAGAAAGAGACCAAUGUUUAAGCUCACCAUGUCUACAUGGUGGAACUUGCAGUGACGAUAUUGAAGAUUUCGUAUGUGCAUGCGUGAAACCGUAUGGCGGGAAAACAUGCCAUCUAAACUGUGCCUCUUCACCUGUCGGAAUUGAUCAGAAUAGGAAGAGAAUUCCAGACGCUCAGAUGUCUUGUCAUUAUUGUUACGAUGAUAGCGCCGGAGUAGACGGUCGACUUCACGCUCCACAAGGAUGGGUGGGACAAAAUACAAACUCGUGGUUGCAGGUGGACCUGGGAAGAGAAAUGGAGCUACACGCUGUGGCGAACCAAGGCCACGCAUCCUCUAGUUACUACAUCUUGACGUACACAAUCAAAUACAGUUUGGACGGAAAUACGUUCUAUGACGUCAAAAACGGAACCUCAGUAAUGGAUUUCAGUGGGAGCAGUAGCGUAAAUUCGGUGAUCAAACACACGUUUCUGGCGCCGUUCAGGGCGAGAUUUAUCAAGUUUAUACCAAAAACCUUCCACGGCAAGCCAGGAAUGAGAGUGGAGCUGUAUGGAUGUGAUGUUUGAAUA